CUUCUGCUUUCCACGGCACCGGGAGCAGAAUCACACUGAGACUGGUUUCUAAGCCCUACGGAAACAUUGCAGGAACAGGAGCUACUGAAAUCUCUGCAGAGGGCAGGGAGCCAAGCAAGGAGCCAAACAGCUUGGUGCUCCCAGGAACAGCAGGAGUGAACCACGCUCCCAGAGAUGGGUCCGGUGCUGCUGUGCGCGCUGCUGCUGGGGCUGGGCCUCGCCGCGCCCCCGGGGCAUGAGGUGACGUUCCUGCCGGGGCUCGCCAAGCAGCCCGCCUUCCGCCACUUCUCGGGAUACCUCUGCGCCGGCCCAGGGCAGCACCUGCACUACUGGUUUGUGGAGGCCCAGAGCAACCCCCAGGGCAGCCCCCUGGUGCUGUGGCUGAAUGGCGGCCCCGGCUGCAGCUCCAUGGAGGGCUUCCUGAAAGAGCACGGCCCCUUCCUGGUCCAGCCCGAUGGGGUCACGCUGAAGUACAAUGACUACGCUUGGAACAAGAUCGCCAACGUGCUCUACCUGGAGUCCCCUGCUGGCGUUGGCUUCUCAUACUCUGAGAACAAGAAGUAUGCCACAAACGACACGGAGGUUGCUCACAACAACUACCUGGCGCUGAAGGAUUUCUUCCGGCUCUUCCCCGAGUACGCCAAGAACGAUCUCUUCCUCACAGGGGAGAGCUAUGGGGGGAUCUACAUCCCCACGCUGGCCGAGUGGGUGAUGCAGGACCCCAGCCUCAACCUUAAAGGAAUCGCUGUGGGAAACGGCCUCUCCUCCUACGAGAUCAAUGACAACUCCCUCGUUUACUUUGCCUAUUACCAUGGUCUGCUGGGGACUGACCUAUGGAGGGACUUGCAGGCCUUUUGCUGCUCCCAAGGGAAGUGCAACUUCCAUGACAACUCCAACCUGAACUGCACGCUCAAGAUGGAGGAGAUGAUUCAGAUCGUAGAGGAGUCUGGCCUCAAUAUCUACAACCUCUAUGCUCCAUGUGACGGCGGUGUCCCUGGGAGCGUGAGGUACGAGGACGAGUACCUUGUCACACACGACCUGGGCAACUCCUUCAUCCGGAUGCCGUUGAGGUUCUCCUGGCGGCAGAACCUGUUCCGGAUGCCAGUAGCCCGGAAAAAGGUGCGGAUGGACCCACCUUGCACCAACUCCACAGCUCCCCGCACAUAUCUGAAUGCUCCAGAGGUGCGCAAAGCUCUCCACAUCUCCCGAGAUGCCCCAGACUGGGAUGUGUGUAGCUUUGAGGUGAACCGCAGCUACAAGCGCCUGUACAUGCAGAUGAAUGACCAGUACCUGAAGCUGCUCGGAGCCACAAAAUACCGGAUCCUGGUGUACAACGGGGACGUCGACAUGGCCUGCAACUUCCUUGGGGAUGAGUGGUUUGUAGACUCCCUCUGCCAGAAGGUGCAGGUGGCUCGCCGGCCCUGGCUCUAUACUGAGGGAGGAGAGAACCAGAUCGGAGGCUUCGUGAAGGAAUUCACCAACAUCGCCUUCCUCACAAUCAAGGGAGCUGGCCACAUGGUACCCAUGGACCGGCCGCUCGCUGCCUUCACCAUGUUCAGCCGCUUCAUUAAGAACGAGCCAUACUAGGAGCUGCAGAGGCAGCACCUGGUGCCCCAGCUUCCCUUGCACGGCCCUUCCUCGUGGCUGCGCCUGGGCUGCCCCGGGAGAGGGGUCCCUCCUGCAGCUCCGGCCUGGCUGGACAGGGUGGAGGAUGGGGCUGCUGGGCCAGGUGGGGGCAAGGAGUCCUGGAGGCUGUGUCCUUGCUGGGUGAGGAGCUGUGUCCCUGCUGUGGCUGCCUCUGCACAUGUGGUUUUCCUGUCUCGUCUCCUCCCUGUCUGGGGGGAAGCUGGUUCCUCCUGGGACCAAGGCACUCCUGCCACUUCCCCCUGCCCCUGCACGCACAUGGCCCUGGGUGGGCUCCAAGGCAGCAGCCUCACGUAGGCAAGGCACAGCUCACACUGCAGGCAGCUGGGGCUGCUCCUGCAGGGGAUUCAUUCUCCGCUUCAAACCACUCCUAUAUCCUGGUGAAGGAGGCUCACCGUGAAGACAAUCUCACUGCCCGCUCACUGCUGGGGGCACGCAGUGCUUCUGGGAACCUGCAAUAAACUCUCUGAACAAGGUGAUUCUG